AUGAGCGACAAUAGAGCAAGUAUUCGUUUUACAGCUAAUAAGCCUUCAAAAUUGGCAAAAUUGGUACUCAUAGGAGAAUCGAGCACGGGGAAAACGUCCCUUGUCGAGCGAUUUCGCGGAAGAGACUUUCAAAAUUAUGAAGCGACAAUUGGAGCAGCUUUUUUAACAAAAACACUUGACUUAGACGAGGCUAGAAUCAGGCUGGACAUUUGGGAUACAGCGGGCGCGGAGAGAUACGCUUCCCUCGCGCCAAUGUAUUACAGGCAAGCAUCCGGGGCGCUUGUCGUCUACGAUGUAACUAAACGAGAGUCGUAUGUCCGAGCUGAAAGAUGGAUUCAAGAGCUGAAAGAAAAAGCGCCCAAGGACAUCAUUGUUUAUCUUGUUGGAAACAAAAUUGAUUUGGAGGAAGAGAGACAAGUCUCGGCCGAAGAAGGAAAGGAAUUAGCAGAAGUGCACGAGUUGGAAUUUAUUGAAACGUCGGCGAAGGAGAAAAUAAAUGUUGUGGAAGUUUUCAUGAGCUUUGCAAAUCAAAUCGCAACGCAAAAAGAAAAGCCAUCAGAUACUAAAGAUACUGUCGUGCCAAAAGAAGAUUUGAGGAAAAAUGAUUCGACAAAUUGUUGUUUGUAUUAA